UGGUGAUUGUCAGGGAUAAAAAGCAAUUAAGUAUUCUUCACGUGCGAGUUGAGUGUGAAUUCAGGAUUAAAGAUCAUUAAAUGGGCGAAGGUUAUCUGAAACUGAAAACAAUGAGAUCAGGUCAAAUAUAAGCAUCAUGUGCUUAGUGCAAAUAAAAUCAAUUUUUUUCAGCUCGAAAUCUUCCUAAUCCCAACAUGAUCCAAGGUUACCAGAGCCUUAGCGACGACAGCUCAAAUUAUGACAGAAUUAUACACCUUCUUAUGGAGGAGGGGACCAAGCGCGUGCGGGAGCUAUUCUUCUCCGCCAUCCCCAAGGGUUUAACCCUAGAACACUUUCUCCAGCUCCAUCAGCAAGACUUCCAAGACCUGCGCCAGAAGAACAUCAUGUCGUCCCCACAAUACGCUCUCUUAUUUCCGCGGCCCGCGGGAACUCAGCCGGACCCGAUGCAUUUUGAUAUCUCACUCCUUGUGAUUCUUAUUCGCAAUGUCACGAGUGGUGGACAGAACGUUUCUUGGAAAGGUCGACCGAAGUCUCACGAGACACUUCCCGAACAUGACGUCAUGAGGAUACGUAACCUGAGGAAUACCCUCUAUCACAACCCCUCCAGAACUCUCUCUGGCAACCAGUUCUGUAAACUCUGGGAAGAGUUAACGGAUGCGUUGUCUCGUCUUGGCACUCCUGAUGACGUCAUCCAGUAUUACGCCGACCGAGACCUGGACCCGGAGACAACCAAAGCAUGCCUGUUACAAAUGAGACAGCAGAGCAUAGAGGAACAACACGCCGUCUACAUCCAGGGCAAGAAAAACACUCGGUCUAUGAAGAGGAUCUGCCUCUCCUUUGGCGUAUUCUUCACUCUGGUUUUCGUGGCGUUGGUAUGUGUCGUUGCUUUUGUCAUUUUACCGGGGCAACACCCCUGCAAGAUGGAACCCGAAUGGAUUAAUUGGCCGGACGACUACAAUUCAUACCUCCAGUUUAUGCCCCGUGCGGGUUGGGGAGCACGCCACUCCCAGCACGUGUUGGAGCCGUUCCACCAUCUUCCUCUUAACACCACCAUCAUCUAUCACACUGCCAGUAUAGAGUGCACCACUAACGAACUCUGCUGCUCUGUCAUACAGAAAAUACAGCUGGACCACAUGGAGACGUUUCAUCACUGGGACAACAUCGGGUAUAACUUCUUGAUCGGAGAAGAUGGCGUUGUCUACGAAGGAAGAGGAUGGGACUUCAUAGGCGCUCAUACACCGACAUGGAACAAGAAAUCAAUCGGUAUUGCUAUGAUAGGAAACUUCUGCGACCAUAAGCCAAACAACAUCGCCAUGGAGGCCCUUAUCAACUUGCUCAAAUAUGGCGUUUACCUGGGUAAGCUAGAUCCAAAUUUCUCAGUGCUUGGCCAGUGUCAGAUACGAGAAAGACAAGAAAGUCCUGGAAAAUACCUCUAUGACGUAAUACGAAAGUGGCGGCACUGGAGAGAGGCCCUUCCAAGUGAGUUUAUCGGGAACAUAUCACUGUCCACAAACUGCACUUGCACCACCGAUCCCAUGUAAAAGUCAAAGAUGUAUAAGAAAAUAAAUAAUAAGAAGAAAACAGGAUCAGGGAUAUGUAUAUAUGUACAUUAUAUUAUGAUGGGGACGUGUAUAGACAAAAGGAUACUACCUUGGCUGUAUUUAGGAAUGGUAUAGCGCACACUCUACUCAUUCACCUUUUUUUUUUACCUCAAUGCUUACUAUAUAUGCAUUAGGUUGUGAAUAAUAUGAUAAACAACAGAAAUUCUCAUUAGAAGAACUACCACGGAGCUAUUUUUCUUGAAAAAAUAGUCAAAGACAAGGUAUAAGAUUAAGACAGAUCAUAACACAGGGUGUAUGAGAUUCACUAUAGUUACUUGUGAUUUUGAGACACGCACAUGCGCCUUUUUGCGUUUGGUCUGAGGGUAUCAGUAAUUAUUUGAACAUCAGGUCAUCGUUAAAGUGCUAUUUAACGCCAGUGUAACGUGACAGAGAGUCCCCCAUGAUAAAGAGUCCGCGCCCCUUUCAUUUGUACAGGUAAGUCUCGCCCCAGAUUUUGACUCACCUAGGUCAAGCUAACCCUAACCAUAAUAACUAAAUGGAGGGCGAACUUUCUGUUACACGGACCCUCAGUUUCGUUACACCGC